AUGGGUACAACCCGGAGUCCCAUAUAUAACCACAUGAGCACCACAUUGAGUGGUUUGGCGACUAUCCGUGCGUUUGGGACACAGAAUAUGUUUAUGAAUCAGUACUACCGGUACCAGAAUGACCACACUUCCACUUACUUCAUUUAUUUAACCCGAGAUUUUCAAUUCUGGAGUUCCCGGGGUAUUAAUGGUCCAAAACCUGUACCACUUUUGGGGACUUAUUGGCAACUACUUUUAAAGCCAUUCCAGAUAGUUGGCCUGGAUAAUCAACAGCGCACCUAUAUAUGCACUCAACCAACAUUAACGGUGAGUGACCCGGAGCUGAUCAGAGAUAUGAAUAUAAAGGAUUUUCACAUAAGUCCGACGUUUUCGAGUGGAAAGAUGCGAUCAAUGCAUCCCAUUAUCAUUGAUUGUGUCCACAGAUUAGACAACUAUUUGGAGACAAAAUCCAUGGAUGGAGAAGACGUGGAGACGAAGAAAACAAUGGGAAGCCUAACGAUGGAUGUGAUCUUUUCGUGUGCUUUCGGCACCAAAAUAGACACAUAUAAUGACCACAAGACCAAUGAAUUCAUAGUAAACACUAAAGAAGUGUUUUGCGGAGCGGUUUGGAGGUUAUGGGUGUUCAUAGCUUUAGUGAAAAUAUCUCCGAAACUCUUUGAAUGGACGGGAUUUCAAAUUAUUGAUCCAUCGGUUCAGAAGUUUUUCAUUACAGCCGUAAGUGAU